AAUACUAUCAAGUUUCUGUCAGUUUGAAAAUGUUUCGAAAGAAGAUAUGUUCGUUUAAGAAAUUGGCUAAGAAAGUGGCGUAUAGAAGCUUAUACCUCAACUGUGAGGUGUUAUACGUCAAAGAAGAAAGAUUGUUAAAGUAUGAUGUUGAUGAGCAUGUGUCCGCCAUUGCCACCACCCCGAGAGGGUUUCUGGCAGUUUAUGUAGGUGAUGAAAGACGACGGUUUCUGGUUCCAACAAGUUGUUUAUCUCAUCCGCUUUUCAAGAUUUUGUUAGCGAAGGCCUCCGAAGAGUUUGGAUAUGAGCAAAAAAACGGAUUGACGGUUCCGUGUAGCGUUGCAGCGUUUCAAGAGGUUGUUAUGGUGAUGAAAUGUUGUAAUGGCAUGUUUGAUUUCCGACAAUUGGUCCAAGAGUUUGUUAUUUAGAGGAAUCAUUUUUCUAUUUUCAUAUCUAAA